UUUUCACAUUAAGAGCGCAACAAAUCAUGAUAAUGAAUAAAAUUGGAAAUAUACUGCGGUUUCUAUCAUCAAAAUUAUCAACGCAUACGCUUCUGUUGUAGUUAAAAUACAAUGUAACGCAGGUGCCUAUUCAAGCGUUAAUCCCAUGGAUCUAAACAACUGUGGAAUUAGUCAGUUGCAUGCAAUAUUUCUCACAGACCCGUAAGAAUUAGCAGGCGUCUAGAGCCAUGGUACUAUUUGACAACUCAACAUAUGCUUAUUUUUCCCUUUAAAAACCUUUGUUGCCCCAACUAAGAACAUUUAUUAAAAAAAAUAUUACUCUCAGUAUUCCCAAAGUAAAUACUUAAUUUGAAUGAACUCACUGUAAUACAUAAUGAUCAGAACCUAUGAGUGUUAUGAUCACUGUUUAUGAGUUGUUCUUAACAACCCAAGUGUACCAAUAGCCAGUCAGCAGACUGAGUGAGAUCAUGUGAAGACCUUCCCAGAAGUGUUAGCGCAUGGCACACCCACAUCACUGCCUCUUGUGUACACAGGUAACCAUGGAAAAGCUUGCAAUCAACGCAGUGUGAGUCUUGAAAGCGGAGCGGGGAGAGGAUUUCUGCACCACGCAAACAGUGGAAAUAUUAAGGCUCAUCAUCCAAGAAUAGCCAAACGCCUCAAGCUAUCGGCCUUGUGUGAAAACCUAUCCCUGAAGCCUGGGCGGACACGUGGGCAGACGAGGAUUCUAACCUCCACCGUACAAAGGGAAGAGACAUCUCAGAUCCAGGAAGACACAAUAUGUUUAGACCCUCAUACAGAAGUUCGAGUCCGUUUACCCUCACCUCGGACCUUGAUAUGUGGGACACCAAAUCACGCUUUAGAGCUCAGACCUCAGCAUGGUGUGGCAUGGCAACUGUUUCUGGGACAGAGUUCCUGUCUAGCACCAGCACCAGCACAUCUGGGAGCACUGGUGGCUUCAGACAGACUGACCCGAGUCUGAGGAAGUGGCAGUCAUUGUCCCAUCUGGUGUCUGGGGGUGCUACGCGUACCUUUCCUCCAUCUCCGGGGGCUGAAUUAAGGGCCGCCCGAUGUGAAGGUAGCGUUAGACAAGCAGAAGGGGUGCAGUGGCUUCAGGAUGCUCACAAGCAUUUAGACACUCAGCUGGACCAACUGAGGACCAGAAAUUCACAGCUGAACAAAAACAUAACUACUGCACAACUACUUGACAUGAAACAUAAGCUAUCAGAAACAAUGGGUGCUCUUGAGCAGGAGAAGGAGGCGGCUAAAUUAUCCAAGUGUGAGAAGGGUUGGCAACGUGAAGAGCUUCACGAAAAGGUCCUGCAGCUGGAGAAGGACCUCAUACAAAUGAGGUGUACUUUGAAGAGAGGGAGCAGUGAUCCACCAAAUGAAACAUUACCAAUGAUGCAUGACGUCUUUCACAGACAGGAGAAGCAGAAGGUCGACGCGGAGCUCUGCAGGAUGAGAGAGGCUCUGAGAGAUGCGGAGGCCAGGUCAAAGACACAAGAAGAAGAACAAAACCAGACACAGAAACUGCUGUUGAAUCAAAUAGAGGAGAUGAAUCAACGACUACAGAAUCACUGUGACAUGGAAGAACAACUGAGUGAAGCUAACAACAAGAUCGGUCAAGCGUGCCUGGAUAAAGCCAUCCUGUCGACUCAUGUGCUUAAACUGGAGGAUAACAUAAAAGAACUAAAGGCCAAGCUGACAGAGGCACUGUCUGACAAAGAUUACUUUAUCAAGGAGAAAGCAGAUCUGCAGCAGAGGGUCCUGGAGUUGCAGCUGCAGAUGAACCAACCGAGUUCAGAGGGUUGUAACCCUUUGCCCAACAGUAACGAGCGGCAUCAGGAAGCCGUACUAGUCAAAGUUGAAAACAAGGCUCUUAAAGAGGCAAAUGAAAAGCUGACACGUGAGCUAGAAAUGAUUAAACAGGAACUGAAAACAUCUCAGUCUCAGCUACGGGAGGCAAUGGCAGAGAGGGUUACCAGCUCCAGACAGAUCACAGCCGUGGAGGCAGAACAAGCUCAGCUGAUCAGGGAAAAAGAAGAACUGUUGAUUAAAAUGAAUCAACCCGGACCUGAUGAGUUAGAGAAGAUGAAAGAAAAGUGCCGCCGGCUUAGGAAAUCUGUGGGAGCUUUGGAGUUAGAGAAAGAGAAACUGCAGGAUCGGUGCCAGCGUUUGGAGGUUGAGGUCCUCGAGAAGAGGGAGAAGCUACACCUGCAAGAGGAAGAACAUCGGAAACAAGAUGCAGUGAGAGUCCAGAGCAGCGAGGAGUUAAAAGCAACGGCCUCACACUGGGCAGAGAAAUGGCAAAAUGUGGCUUUGACACUGAAGUCCACACAGGAAGAGCUGGAGGAACACAAAAGGAACAACUCCAGGAGUAAAGAUUCAGACUCACUUCUGAAGUUUGAGCUUGAAGCAUGCAAACGAGAGCUGGAGAGGAGCAGGAGUCAGGCUCUGCUUCACAGUUAUGAAGAUAAAGGCCGUGAAGCCUCGUUGCAAACUAAGGACACAGAGACGCAGACAGUCUUAUCACAAUCCCUUUUGUUAUGGGAGCCGCCAUCGGACUCCCACAGCAGCCAAAACAAAGCCCCUCAGCACUCUGAAGAAGAUGGAGGCCAAGCAAAUGUCUCAACCACUGACUCAUCGAGGGCCCAGCUGGAAGAGAGCAGGGGGAGGACGAACCAGCUGCAGCGGCAGGAAACUCCGGCAGUCCAGAAGCCUCAAACACUGGAGCAGCUUUACCCGGUUAAAGGCGAGGAGCCGUCUGCUGAAGGCAGGAAGAACCAAAUUAAUAUAGAGACGGACCAGCAGCGGAGGAUGGUCACUGAACAGUUAAAGAGUCUAUUUAGGGAGCAAGAAGGAAAGGAAGGAAAGGAGGUGGGACCCGUUCACAACAGCAACAGAUCACCAGUAAGUCAGACUGGAGCCUCCUCUCCUCAAGACUGGUCCCACACGUCUAAAGUUGUAAGGAAUCCAAUGGACAGGAGGAUCUGGCAGCAGAGCUCCGGUUUAAUGCCAGUGUUCGAGGAGGACGAGGAGGGCAGUGACUGGCCGACAGGGGAGGAGGGAAAGCAGGAAGAAGAGGCUCAUGCUGAGGAUGACCUCCACAAUCAGAUAUCAUCUUUGAGUGCAAAAAUCUGCAAUCUGAAGGCAAAAAAUGUGAAUCUUCUGCAAGCCACACUAACGUGCAAGCAACCCAUUGAAGACUUCCCUCCUGCUGCAAAGAAACAGUCAGACAAGUCGUGUAGCUGUUCAGAUAAGAUUGACAUGCAUCAGGAAAGACCGCCCACCUUCCUUCCUGAUGGAAUAUUCCUGGCUGAGCUUGUGGAUAUAUCUAGCCCUGAUGAAGAUGAAGUGGAGGGAAAGGGAAAAUAAUGUGUUUUGUUAAGACUCCUGCAUGGGUUAAACAUUGCUUUAUACUAUGAAGUGCAAUGAAAUGAUAGACCAGCAUCUACAGGGCGCUUGCUGCCAACACUAUGCCAACCUUUUACUUAAACGUAUUUUAAGAACUUCACUUCAACAAUUUCAACUUGGUGGGUUGGCUUAUACUUAUGAUACACGUUUUAAUAAAAGCCACCAAGCUUUGUUAGGCCAAAGUUUAUGUUUAUUUAUAUGAUGUGAUACGUUUCUAUAUGAAAUCAUUACAGAUGCACCUGAGAGUAUGUGUAUGUUUUGGUUAAAGUAGUACAAGGUGGAGUGCUUAACCCCAAAAUCCAAUGAACAUGAAAAAAAGUGAAAAGGUUGCACAUUCCAGAUUUAAAAGUCAACACUAACAUUUCACAUCACAAUAAGAACAUUUCUAUUUCUUAAAGAAAUAAAGAUCAGUUCAAUUGUC